GCUGGGCCAGCGCGGGGUUAAAGGCCGCUCCCUCCGCGGCCGCCGCCACCACCGACAUGGCCCCGCCGCCGCUGCUGCCGCUCCUGCCGCUGCUGCUGCUGCUCGCGGCGCUCCCCGAGGGCGCGGCCGCGUGCCAGGCCCCCGCCCUGUGCCCGCGGACGCCCCUCGAGAAGUUGGACGCGCCCCCUGUCAACGUGAGCCUGUACUAUGAGGCGCUGUGCCCCGGCUGCCGGGUCUUCCUGGUGCGGGAGCUCUUCCCCACGUGGCUGAUGGUCAUGGAGAUCCUCAACAUCACGCUGGUGCCCUACGGAAACGCCCAGGAGCGGAACGUCAGCGGCAAGUGGGAGUUCCGGUGCCAGCACGGUGAGCGGGAGUGCCAGUGGAACAAGGUGGAGGCCUGCCUGCUGGACGUGCUGGAGCCGAACUUCGCCUUCCUGACCAUCGUCUGCAUCGAAGAGAUGGAAGACAUGGAAGGAAACCUGAAGCCGUGCCUGCAGCUCUACGCCCCAGACGUGACCCCAGAGAGCAUCCUGGAGUGUGCAACUGGGGACCGGGGCUCACAGCUCAUGCACGCCAACGCCCAGCUCACGGACGCCCUGCAGCCACCUCACAAAUACGUGCCCUGGGUCGUCGUCAAUGGGAAACCCCUGGAUGACCAGCAGCCUCUCCUCAGCCUCGUCUGCCAGUUGUACCAGGGCCAGAAGCCAGACGCCUGCCCGUUCAUGAGCAGGUCCCCCAAGGAAGUCUGCCUCAAGUGAUGGCCAGUGUCCCUGAGGGACGAGAUGGAACGAGAACCCUGCUGCUGCAGUUUUCUGAUCCCCAACCCUCCGCAGCUCCUCCUCAUCACCCAAAAAGCUUGCACGUGUCCUGUGAAGGCCGCUCCCAAAAUUCCACCCAGCAAGCAAGAAUCUCGGCCUGCUGGGAAUGGUGCUAAAUAAAAACCAGUUUACUAAAUCA